AAAAAAUAAAACACAAUUUUUUGACUCAUUGUCCAAACAGAGCCUCUCAUACUCAAUCACUUCUUCUCGUCAUCAUGGUUGUCCCUGCAACUGUAAAUUAGGGUUUCUAUUUCUCAGAGAGAGAGAGAGAGAGAGUGCACAGUGCACAAUGUCGAUUCUCCAAAUGUGUCUCUUAAACUCUACACCCCCAGGUGCCCUCUCAUCAUCUAGGGUUCUAUCUACCCCAAACCACCUCUUUUUCCUCUCAAAACCCUCAAUCCAGACCAUCACCACACCCAAAACGACGUCGAUUCGAAUGGGCGGCGGUCCUCGAACCUUCCCUGGCGGUGUAUCGAAGUGGCAGUGGAAGCGCAUGCAGGCGAAGAAAGCUAAGCAGCUCCUCCAGGCCCGCCUAGCCCGCGAGCGCCAGAUCUACGAGAUGCGGAAGCGGGCGGAGCUGAAGGCGGCGGUGUCGGAGCUCGAGCGGCCUUGGGAGGUGGUGGAGGCGAGAGCUCCGAAGCUUUUCUCAGUCAAAGCCGAUGAACAAGUGAAGGUUUUGGCGGAUCGGUUUCAGAGACCCGGUGGUUUCGAUUUAUGGUCCGAGAGAGAUGGCCCACAGUUGUUAUCGCUCGUUGAUGGAGUCCCCUCGGCUAGGUUUUUUCCGAAAGGGGUUGUUCAUAGUAUCAAACCCUAUGGGGUAAUUGAGAAGGGUUCGGAUUCGGAUUCAGAGCCUGAACUUGGUAUGGAAAGAAAUAGGUAUGUGAAUUCAGGAAGAUUUGGAGAUGGGUCUGGUAGUGAUGGUCUGGUUGAGGCCAAGAAUUCUGUAGAAUCGUCAAUGGAUAGAAAUGGGAAAGGUUCUAAUGGCAAAUUUAGGAAGAAAGGGAAAAGGAGAAAUUCGAGCAAUUUGAAUGGGUUGGUUUCUGGUCGAGUCGGUGUUGAUAGGGAACAGAGACAGGAGGCUCCGGUUAGGCGCACUGGUGAUAAUGGGCGUAACCGGGGGAUUGGUUCACAGAAGUUGAGAGUUAGGGGUAGUGGUUCACAGAAAUUGAGAGGUUCGGAUUCGGAAGUGUGUGAUAUGAGUCGGCUACAUGAUGGGAGUUACGGGUUUCAAACAGAGAAUUGAGAAUGUGAGUCGAAUAUUGGGGCUAAAGAUGCAGUUAAUCUCGAUUCAUUCAAGCUUUAGUCUUGAUGGUGGAAUAGAAUUAGUUUGGCUUGCCGGACGGUUUGAUAAUGAAGAAAGUUCAGCUACAUUUUGGACUUCUUUACCAAUUCUUGAUUCAGAGCUCCUAGACUUGUAAAUUAGAUAUCAAGGUUUGGAAGAUGGUCAGGUAAUAACCAUCUCUGUUCCAAAACGAUUACAUGUGAAUAUUGGUACUGCACUGUAACAUCUUUACCCAUUGUAUAUUGAAUCUUGUUUAUUUGAAUCAUACUAAGUUAUUGAAUGGAAUUUUUUCAAUGCUCAAAUUUAUAUCUA